AUGGCUGAUCACUCAGACUCCUCUCCUCUUGUCCCUCCUAUUCCCCUCUCCGACCCUUCCUCGAUCGACCUCGAAGCCGGCCCCUCUGAGCAAAUUCAGUGCAGGAUUUGUCUCGAAACUGAUGGUAGGGAUUUCAUAGCUCCUUGUAUGUGCAAAGGUACUUCAAAAUAUGUUCAUCGAGAGUGUUUGGAUCAUUGGCGCUCUGUCAAGGAAGGGUUUGCCUUUGCUCACUGCACUACGUGCAAGGCUCCAUAUCAUUUGCGUGUUCAUGUUGCUGCUGAUAGGAAAUGGAGAACCUUGAAAUUUCGGUUUUUCGUCACCAGAGAUAUCUUGUCUAUUUUUAUGGCUGUACAACUUAUUAUUACCUCACUGGCAUAUUUGGUUUAUCUAAUUGAUGGUUACCAGCAAAGUUGGCUUCGUAUUCUCUGGGGUUUCGAAAGUCAACUGAGCUUCUAUUACUUAUGUGGAGCUCUAUUGUUUUUUGCCUUGCUUGGUCUUUCUGGGUGCUUCAUUACUUGUUAUGAUCGAAGAGUUCGCAAUGAUUUGGCUCAACCGUGUAGAGAAUUAUGUCUUUGUUGCUGUCAACCUGGAGUCUGUGCUGACUGUCAUUUGCCAGGCACUCUUUGUAUGUGGACUGAUUGCACUGCAUGCUUUGAGAGUUGCGGAACCAUGGCAACAGAAUGUGGUGGUUGUUUGGGAGGUGCUGGGGAAGCAGGACUACCAUUAUUAUUCAUAAUGGCUUUGGUUGUUCUGGGACUUUUUACGGUAAUUGGGAUAUUUUACAGUGUAUUGGUGGCAACUAUGGUAGGCCAACGGAUAUGGCAACGCCACUAUCACAUACUUGCAAAGAGGAUGUUAACAAAGGAGUACGUGGUUGAAGAUGUUGAUGGAGAGAUGACAGGGUCUGAUUGGUCUCCCCCAUCCCUCCCACCCGAGCAUGUUCAGCAGUUGAAAACAUUGGGCCUCUUAUGA